AUGAACCAGAAACAACUACUACACUACCGUCAGAAGAAAGCACAACUGCGAAUAACUGCGAGGAUCGUUUGGAGAAUUGCCCCCAAUUGGGUGAACAGGGAAAAUGUUCCGGUCCUCUCAAGGCUUUCUUCAAAGCAGAGUGUCCAAAAACGUGUGGAAUCUGUGGUGACGGUGGCAAAGAGGCCACUACAUCUAGACCGGCAGCUACACCUAAACCACCACCAAAAGAAAAUAUGCCUGCGAGUGAAUGCAAGGAUCAACUCGAGAACUGCGAUAGAUUGGCUGCUCAGGGAAAGUGUUACGGAGAACUCAGUGCUUUUUUCAUAA